AUGACAACGGCGCGAGGCGGAACAUCUGUGCGCGUGGCUUCCACCGCCCCCUCCUCCGCGCACCGCCAAGCCACCGCGCAAAGCUUAACUUCCGCAGGCGCAGUGGUCGCGCAGGCUUCCGCGCCUCCCCCCCCUCCCGACGACCGGCCAGACGACGGGGAUGGGGCGAGCACUCCGCCCGCGGGGAACGAGGCGCGGCUGACACCUGAUAAUGAGAUCAUUGGCGUGUGUCGAUCCGGAGCCACCUCCACCAUCACCAUCGCCCCCGAUUGGAAUGGACAGACGUGGCGCGGCUGGGGCACUUCGCUGGCAUGGUUCGGCAACUACGUGGGCAAGCUGCCAGACGAUCAAUUCAAUCUCGUGAUGGACUUGCUGUUUGACAAGGACAAGGGCAUCGGGCUCAACCUCGCGCGCUACCUCAUAGGCGGCAGCGUCAACUACACCAACAGCCCCCAGUUCCUCACUGCCGCCUGGGAGACCCGCUCACUGCCCGGCUUCCGCGUCCAGCCAAACGGGCCCGGGGACACGGCCGGGGCGGAACAGAACAAGUGCAACUUAAAGCCUGAGUAUUUCCAGGCUUACACGGAGUACCAGGCUUCGGUGAUCGAGCGCUAUCACAGGUAUUGGAACGUGACUUUCUCCACCAUGAACCCGGCGAAUGAGGCGCUGGAGGGGUGGUGGGUGCAGGGACACAGGAACGAGGGGUGCAACUUCAAUCCGCAGGAACUGACCACUCUUAUUCGGCUUCUCACAGCCACCCUUCGGAAACGCAAGCUCCCGACGAAAGUCGCCGGGUUUGACAGUUUCGUCGGCGCCACGCUCCGAUACACGUACAAGUUCCCUGCUGCAGUGAAGGCCGGCCUUUUUCGGCUGAAUGUGCACGGGUACAUCCCACCGCCGCCCAACACGACGGAUACGCGGCGGUACAUGGAAGGGGUGAUGGUGGGUAUGCACCGCAUGGCGACCGGGCUUGGGAAGGAGGUUUGGAUGUCGGAGGUCGGGCCGAUGUGGGUGAGCGGGAAUGAUGUGGGUGUGAUGCUGUUCACAGCGCGGCAGAUAGUACAGGCUGUCAACAUCAUGGGGGCCUCGGCUUGGAUUUUCUGGCAGGCUGUGAGUGGGGUGGCUACUAAUCCAGACGCGUUCCUGAAAUGGGGGCUUCUGGCGGUCAGGAUCUACCGGCUGAACGACACGGAAAUCAAGCCGUUGGAUCUGCACUGCAUUGCCGCCUUCUUCCAUCCCGACCAGCACUUCGUGUCGAUUUUCAUCGUCAACCAGCGCGACACAACGCACACGGCGACGUUUCAGUUGGAGGAUUUUGUGCCGUUUGACGCGGGGCAGGAGUGUGUGGUGGAAACGUUCCGCACGUCGGCCACGGAGAACAACACGCUGGUGGCCACUCAAAGUUUCACGGAUGUUCCCGCAUCGAUACAAGUGGCAGCGCUGGGCAGCUCCAUGACUUCUGUGGUGCUGUGGAAUGUGGACUCCGCAUAG